AUGAUUAAAGUGUUGUUUUUUUUUUUAUUACUGUCUACUUUGUUUGGUUCUCAAAGUUUACAAAAACAAAUGCCAAUUAUUCGAUGGGGACAAAAUUCUUAUCAGCUUACAUUAAUUGUUUCUAUUCCAUUGAUUGAAAAAGAAGAAGUUAAAUUCAAUGAAAAUAAUAUAUAUCUAUCAGCUAUAAGUAAACAUGGUGAAGAGUACGAAUUAAAUUUAAAUUUGCUAAGAGAAAUAAUUCCAGAGAAAUGUUCUUAUGCUUUAUCAGAAUUAGGAUUGAAAUUAAAAGUUUACAAAAAAGCAAAAGAACCUUGCUGGAUACGUUUAACGAAAGAACAACAUAAAAAUAAUUUUUUAAUUAAAGACAAAAAACUUAGUGAUGCAAAUGAUUGUGAAGAAGCAAAGGAUACUUGGCUUGAGAACUACAAGCUUUACAUAAGAAAAAAUAAUCCUCAAAAUAAUGAAAAACCAACUAAAAAAAAUGAUAUAGUACAGAAUAUAAUUGAGAAUUUAAAAAACGUUCAUCCAAAUUUUUCCCUACAUGAGUUCUAA